GAGUCGAUGCUCGCCACGUGUAUCGGUUCUGGCAGGUGCCAUCGGCACAGGUGCUGCGGCAGUACUACAGGGACGCGGCGCUGAUGCUCGGUAACAUCGCGCCGCCGCCGGCUUUGCAGCAGAGGCAGAGGCCAGCUCCAGGUGCGGAGUUGGCGGCGGCUCCCCGAGCCGUCCCCGCGGGAGCGGCGGCGGCGGCAGCGCCGCCAGGCCGCCUCUGGGUGUACGCCGAGGAUUGCGAGGGCCAUCGGCGAGGCGAUGCAGUCGGGGCGCUGCCAGCCGACGCGGUGACGAUGGGAGACCACGGGCUCGUGCAGCUCCAGGAGGGGACCGCCUUCAUGCAGAUGGUCGAGCGGCGCAAUCUGGAGCAGUAUGUCAUGGAGGACCUCCGCGUACUGCCAGUGAAGUUCGACGGCGCUGGUCAACGUCGCCGCCCCUUCGCCGAGUCCGUCCAGAAGAUGGCGGGAGAGGAGCCGGAGGGGGGGCUCGAUUUGACCGGGCCGAGGAUGUGCUUCAACCGUUUGCAGCAGCUCGCCGUGUCCAGCCAGACGCCGAUCACGCAGAGCGAGCACUGGCGGCACGCGGCUCGGAUUCCGGACGGGGACCGCAGCCCGUACGAGCACGAGGCGCUCUCCCACAUCAUGGAGGCGAUGUGCACGGUCGACCAGUUGAACGCGCCGGCGUUGAAGUCGGCGGAGCUGAUCAGCCGGCGUCUCGAGCUGAUCGAGGACGCGCACGCCUCUGGCGGCAUCGCUGAUUACAGCGCGGCGGACCACUACAUGGGCUGGUCGACCAGGCGGUCCGGGGCCGCCCCGGACCCAGGUCUGCGGAGCCACGUGGCCGAGCAGGUUCGCGGGGAGGCAGCCGUGGCCAAGGAGAUGAGGAAGGCCAAGGAGGAGCAGCGCCUGCGCAAGCAGAACCCAAACAGGCGCUGCAUCAGAAUUCAUUCCCGAGUCAUGUGGGGGCUCGUCACGAUGGGCGACGACAUCGGCCUCGGGAACUUUUUCCCCUUCCACCUGUGCCAGCGGAGCCAGCUAUCCGCCCGGGCACGCCUGUUUACCUUCGUCGGCGACUACUGCGACGUGCGGGAGCCCAGGACUUUGUUGGAGCGGUCGGAUGAAUUCAUGCUGUCAGACCCAGAUGACGUUGGAUGGCAGAUGGAGUCAGGUACGCCUCAACAGCUCUACAUGAACGAGGUGCUGCGCAAAGAUCGGUCAGCUUACGUUGGCUUCAUCGCAGACGUCCUGGGUGCUGGGCUGGUGGAUUUCUCUGUCACCCCAAAGGAGAUAUGCACACCGUUCUUCGUCGAGAAGAAGAACAAUAAUCUUCGGCUCAUCCUGGAUUGCAGGUGGUCGAACUUGCACUUCCGCCCAGCGCCCAGCCUCGAUAUGGGGACGGGCGCGGCCUGGGCCCGCGUCGAGCGGCCCGCUGGCGACCAUGACCUAUACUUCGCCGGGGCCGACGUCAAGGAUUAUUUCCACGGCCUCGAGAACUCCGCCGAGCUCAAGGAUUACUUCUGCUACCCCUCCCUAACCUUGGAGGAGUUUGAGAGGGGCUUCGUAGAUUGGCCCGGGGCCGAGGAGCUGCUGUCAAUGGCUUUGGAGAACCAGAUUUCAGUGGCCCUCCAAGGGCGGCCCCACGGGCAGCUCCGCGACGCCGGGCCACUCCCUGACAUCCUGGGCGGGGUGGGCGUUUUGCCGUACUGCGACAACCUCAACGUGUACGGCGUAAGUCGCGAGGAGGUGCAGCAGGCCAAGAAUUUGGUAGUGGGCCAGCUUCGCCGCGUCGGCCUCAGGGUUCACGAGGAGACCGGCGCUUCGACCGACCACGAGAGCCUGGGCCGGAAGCUGGACGGCGCCCGCUGGCUGGCCAUGAACAAGCCGGAGCGGGCGGCUCGCCUGCAGCGGGCGUGCCGGCAUUUAGAAGGCUGCCGUCGAGUGACUGGUCACAUGGUCAGGCGGUGGCUCGGCCAUGUCGUGGAUCACUUCCUCAUCAUGCGGGGAGGUUUGUCGUGCCUCAGGAGCUGCUACGACUUCGUGGGGAAGGUCGGCGGGCAGUGGGCCGAGCCUUGGGCCUCCGUCAGGAAGGAGGCGAGGUGGGCGAGGGUGCUCACUUACCUCUGCGCGGCCGAGCUGUCCCGCGAAUGGCACCCUGAGGUCCUUUGCACUGACGCCUGCGAGAGCGGGAUUGGCGCUGCUAGUCGCGUGAUUCCAGCGCAGGAGGUCGCGAAGAUCGGUUGCAUAUCAGAGCGUUGGAGAUAUCGGGGAAAGCAUCCUCUCCAUCAACCUCGUCGCAAUGCCAUGGGGCCACGGGACCCCUUCAGGGACCUCGGCACCGUGAUCCCCAUGGGCCCCGGGGGCGAGUUGGAGAUGCUCGAGGGAAACAAUAACUUCCAAGAGGUACCGGAAGGCAUCACUGACCAAUCCAAGCGGCACGUCAUUUUGUCGCCGAGGCUACAUCGGGAGGAGGGGAUGCCGACGAAGGAGGGCCGGGCCACGCUGCUGGGGAUGAGCCGCCCGGCCUUGGCGCUGACGCAGCGCAGCCAGGGGGCGGGCCCCGCGGUCCACAGGGGCCUCCGCAGGGCGCAGCCGCCAGCGCGGCCGGCCAGCCAGGUGGCCACGAGGCGGGCUACCACGCUGCCCCGCGGAACGGCCCGCCCCCUGGUCUCGGGGGAGACCCGGGAGGAGCGACGCGAGAAGCGGGCGCGGGUAUUGCCCCCGUUCCAACCGAGAGAGACCAGCGACCAGCUUUCCAUGUUGGAGUCGCGCGCUGUCACGGAGCGGACGCUGGCGCUCUACGAGAGCUGGUGGAAGGAUCUCCAGGAUUUCGCGCAGUCGAUGGGGGCGUACACGCUGGACGCCGUGCAGAAUGCAGACUCUGCCAUGGUGGACUUCGCGGACUUCUUGUUCAUGGAGGGGUUCGAGGUCGCGGACAUCUGGAAGGCGUGCGCGGCGGUCGUGUGGCACCUUGUCGACCUCUCGCCAUGGGGCCGGCUCCGGCCCCCAAGGUUCGCGCGGGCCAUGAGGGGGGCGCGCCAUCUCGACCCCGGCGUGACGACCCCCCCAGUGCCUUGGGAAGUGGUCUGCGGCCUGGCGCUGUGCGUGUACGAGGCCUUGGGCAGCAAGAUCGCGCGCCUCGCCUGGAUCACGAUGUUCACCGCCUACCUCCGGCCAGCAGACCUUCAUGCGCUGCGGGGCGAGGAUCUGGCGGCCCCUGCGGGGUCUAGCCAGUGGUGGGCCCUCAACCUGCACCCGGCUGGGCGCGGCGACGAGUCGAAGGUCGGCCUGAGCGACGAGAGCUUGCUGUUGGACGCGCCGUACCUCCCAGGCCUCGGCGCAGCGUUGGCCGCGCUGGCGAAGGACCGCGAGGGCGAGAAGCUUUUCGACAUCUCGCCGGCGGAGCUGCUGAGGCUGUGGAACCUCGCCCUCGUCGGCAUCGGGCUCCCCGCCAGGCAGAGGUACGUGCAGUGCCAGCUGCGCCACGGCGGACCCAGCCAUGACCGCCUGGCGAAGACCCGAAGCGUGAAGGAGGUGUGGCGGAGGGGUCGCUGGGCGAGCGCCAAGUCUGUCAAGAGAUACGAGGCCAGCGCGCGGGUGCAACAGGAGAUGCAGAGGCUUCCAGCCGCCGUGCGCGCCUACGUCGAGCGGGUCAUGUACAUCGACACCUGGGUCGAGGCGCUCUCGCAGACAGCGAUAGGAGGUCUGUCGCCCCUUUUGCGGGCUUGGCGCCACCGCAAAAUCGCCGCCGACCU